UGCAAGUAUGGACAAGUCUCAUCUUUCCAACUCCAAUGACAUCAUCAUGAGCAGCCCACCAGGCCCGUACCCGCAGGAAGCUCUGACUCCUCCCCGGCCCAACCAUCACCACUCCUCGUCUUCCUUAUCCUCGCCCUCCUCCUCCUCGCCCCUCAAGCCCAACCAGGUGGGCCAGGUCAUCCUCUACGGCGUUCCCAUCGUGUCGCUGGUCAUCGAUAACAACGAGCGACUUUGCCUGGCGCAGAUUUCCAACACGCUGCUGAAGAACUACAGUUACAACGAGAUCCAUAACCGCCGCGUGGCGCUGGGCAUCACUUGCGUCCAGUGCACCCCCGUUCAGUUGGAAAUCCUUCGGCGCGCCGGCGCCAUGCCCAUCUCGUCACGCCGCUGCGGCAUGAUCACCAAACGCGAGGCCGAGCGUCUCUGCAAGUCCUUCCUGGGGGAGAACAUGCCUCCCAAACUGCCCGAUAACUUUGCCUUCGACGUGACGCACGAGUGCGCCUGGGGUUGCCGCGGUAACUUCAUCCCCGCCCGCUACAACAGCUCGCGGGCUAAAUGCAUCAAGUGCUCCUUCUGCAACAUGUACUUCUCCCCCAAUAAGUUCAUCUUCCAUUCCCAUCGCACGCCCGACGCCAAGUACACGCAGCCCGACGCCGCUAAUUUCAACUCCUGGCGGCGGCACCUCAAACUUAGCGAUAAGCAUCCGGCGGACGAGAUGGUGUACGCCUGGGAGGACGUCAAGGCCAUGUUCAACGGAGGGAGCCGGAAGAGGGCCUUGCCCUCGGGGGGCCACUGCCAUUCCAUGGCCUCCAUGAAGAACGUCGGCUCGGUGGUGCCCCACAUGAUGGGCGGCGACCCGGGCGCUCACAAAAGAGCGCACUUUGAUGACGACGAGGACCUAGAAGGAGGUGCUCUGUCACCCCGGAAGACGCCGCGCAACUACCCGGUCAUCCCCGUCCCGAGCAAAGGCUUCGGCGUGCUGCAAAAGUUCCCCCCUGCGUCCAUUUUCCCAUCGCCUUACCCCUUCCCGGCGUUUGGCCUCUGCCAGCAGAAAAAAGACGACGGCGACCUUUCGGCCGGCCACAAAAGCGCGGGACUGUCGGGUCUUUUAUGGCCCGGACGCAAGGACGCUUUUUAUCCUCCCUUUUGCAUGUUUUGGCCGCCGAGAGCGGCGGGGGGGAUCCCGGUACCCACGUACUUGCAGCCUCAGCCUAGCCUCUCCUCAUUGGCUGACAAUCCUUCCCUCCGGCAGGCCUUCCUGGAUCUGUCUGACUCCUCCGAAGCCGCUGGUACCAACGUGACCCCCAACAACGGGAGCGCCGCAUCCAGAUCCGGCCUAUUUGACCCCGACUGUACCAUGGUGACCCCUGACCUCCGGCCCGUGACUUCGGAGAGCUGGCUCAAACUCUUAGACAACCCCACGCUCCAAACCAGAAAGCCCAGCUACGGCUCAGCCUUCCGCCCGGUCACCAAGGACGCCGAGAGCAUCGCUAAGCUCCACGGCAACGGAGGAGGCCUCGCCGGGACGACGGACGACGAGUCGGGCGCGGUCGUCGCCGCCGGUUCUGACCGCCACCCGAGGCUCUCGCCCGGCAGCAGCUGCAGUUACGGCAGCGAAAGCGGCGGCGAAGGAGAAGCCGAGCCGGGGGACAGCGAGGAGGACGGAGAAGUGGACGUGGAGUCCUCCAAGCAGGACGACGACGAACACGACGGGGGCUUCUCCAACCGUCCCCUGCAGACUCGCACGAACCCGUUCCUGCCCGCCCCGAGCAACAGCUCCGGCGACCAACGUGGGAAGGAGAGGGGGAGCGUGUCGGCGUACGGCGGCAGCUCCCCUCCCUCCGCCGACCCCACCCGACAGUCCCCCAGCUUGCCCGCUUCGUCGCCCGCCAGCCUGCAGCUCUCCAACUCCAGCCCGCCGCACAGCAGAGAAGACGUGGACAAAAACCGAAACGAAGGACUGCCUGCCUACGCAACCAAAGACUCCAUAUCAGAUGAGAACAAAGAGCCCAGCAGCUUCUUCGGAGUCGAGAAUGAAACAUCAGUACCGGCGCCGGACUACUGGAGGGAAAGCUCGGGUGACCAAAGUCAAGAAGCCGCAUCUCCUGUGCAGCUCAAGAAGGAUGUGGAGAAUAUGGAGAAAGAGGAGCUCCAGAAAGUUCUGCUGGAGCAGAUAGACUUCAGGAGGAGACUGGAGCAAGAGUUUCACGCUUUGAAGGGCACCUCCCCUUUUCCUGUCUUCCAUAAUUUCCAAGACCAGAUGAAAAGAGAGCUUGCUUACAGAGAAGAGAUGGUCCAGCAUUUACAGAUGAUUCCAUAUGCAAACAUCAUCAGAAAAGAAAAGAUCAGCUCCCAUAUGAAUAAAUAGCCGACUUAUGUCCCCCGACACCUGACACAGUCGUCCUGUUCUUUGAGAUUGAUUUCCUAAAAGAGAAGCAAAUUGAUGAAAAAUCAAGCAGUCAAGACUCCAACUAGGACCCCAAAGAGGUCUUCGAGACUAAUCUGCUGAGAUUCAACGACCUGACUUUUUCCAAGAGUUUUUAAAGGUACAAAGAAUCGGAUUAAGGUUGAGGCUGUUUUUGUUCAGGACUCAGAACUGCUGCUGUAAAUAAACACAUUGGACGAGGAUGGUCCUCAUUCCGAUGUAGUUACUGCUGUUACUGUUUUUGUUGCUGUCAUGUUAGUAACUGACAUAUCAGCCAUUAUUUACUGUGAACAUAUUCAUUCUAAACACACAGGAAACGUUACCUCAAAAGAACAUCAUUUGUCAUAUUGUCCCAAAGUAUUCUGCAGACAAGCAUCCAAAAAUGUACUUUUUAUUGACAAAUACAAAAAUACAUUUAAAGGCUUCACUUUCACAAAUGGACAGGAAUUGUAUAGAUGGAACUUGUAAUAUAUCCCGACUAAAAUUGUAUAUAUAUCGUCCAACGUGGGAGUAUUCAUCCUCGCAAUCUGUUUAAAUGUGUUUCCUAAUUUCAUUUCAGUAUUGGGGCUGCAGACCCUGACCUUAAAAUAUGAUUAUUUAUU